AUGGGGACGUUUGAAACUGCAGUAGCCGUAUAUUAUGAAGAAGAGGACGAAGAGGAGGAAUAUUAUGAAUUUGAACCCCUACCUACAGUAUUAGAAGAUGAGGAAAAUGUGUCCCUAGCAGAUAUCCUGUCACUGCGGGAUAACUGUCUCACUGAGCAGGAGAUCUGGGCAGUAUGCCUGGAGUGCGCCCUCUCUUUGAGAUGCAUUGCCCACUCUGCUCUCUUCCAUACACUGUGCAUCACCCCUGACACUCUGGCCUUCAAUGCACAUGGAAAUGUGUGCUUCAUGGAACAGCUCAGUGAUGAUCCAGAAGGUGCAUUUGUACCUCCUGAGUUUGACAGAACAGGUAACACUUUUGAAGCACACGUGUAUUCCCUGGGUUCCACGCUGGCUGCUGCAAUCGAGUACGUGAUCGAGCCCGAGCUGGAGCCUCAGCUGAGCCACAACCUGAAAACCCUUUUGAAUGAGAUGCAACAAGAAAGGCCAGAAGACAGACCAAAUAUUGAGGCUAUUAUUAGACUUGGGGAACUCCAUCUAAUGCAAGUGUCCUCUGCAAAUAUUUGUCGUAAGCUCUCCGCUAUAGGAAGAAGAGUGUUAUCAAUUGAAUCAGUCGGAAAUUUCCAAGAUGGGAGUGAAAACUCAUGGAACAUUAUAGAGCGGAAGACAAUAGUUGAACACAAGCAGCAAGUUUUUGAACGCAAUCCAGCAGACGGAUCUUCCAGUACUGAAGAUCUGACCUCUGAUAUGAAUGUGUUAAGCAUCAGAAUUGCAGACAUGACUGAGGGAAAUAAAUGUGCACAAGAUAUAAAAGAAGUCCAUGAAGCUCUACUCAAAGGAGAGGCUAUAGCAAAAGAUCUGGCCCAGGACAGAGCUGAAAAGGAGGGUUAUACUCUUUUAAACCGAGAUGAAUGUACUUUUGAGCUGCAGUUGGAGUCAACAGCAACUGCACCAAGUUCAAGGAAUAAUUCUACAGUAAGGAAACAAACACUAGAAAAGCCUGGAAGGACAAUGGUUGUCCUGAACCAUUCACACUCAAAUCACAUUUCAAAUCCCACCAGCCAUCCUAUUCUGCCUUUUCAUGUUGACAGAACUGUAUCUGUGACAGACCUUUCUGAAGUAUUGCCACAAGAUCAAACAUUUAAAAUAUCUAAAGUCAAAAGUAACAAUUAUAAGUCAGUAUCUCAGUAUUCUGAUAUUCCAAAGAUUGUCAACGCUAUUGAUGCCAUGCACAUUAAAACUGUUCAAUCCUUUGAGCAUUUGCCACCGAGGAACAAAAAUGUAUGUUCUUCACCAAGUCAUCAUUUCCAGGCCCCUAUAGAAUCCAAUGAAAAUAUUUCUUCUCUCCAAAAUACUGAGUUUAAAGUAAGCAGCAGCAACCUGAACAAUAAUCCAGCUAUACUGAAGUCUUCCUCUCUUAAUGAAACCGCGGCAAACAAUAACAAUCCCAUGAAGAAAAGUAUGUUUUGUCUUAAUGAAGAAACUCGGGAUGAAUGGAUAUCCCUGAAAGAGUUGCUCUCUCGGUGUGGCAGGCCAUUAACGAUUAAUGAGCUGUUUGCUCUAUGUCACACUUGUCUCUCCACUCUCCAGACCUACAUAGAUUAUCCAGCCUAUAUAUGCAUGGAUUCUGUGUAUGUCGGUUGUGAGGGAGAAGUGCUGUUCUUAAUCCCAAAAAAAACAGGCUCCUGUGACACGUUUUACAUAGCACCCGAAUUUCAGCAACAUGGAAUUGUCACUGAAAAGGUUUGUGUCUAUGGGAUAGCGGCAGUCCUUUGGGCUGCGGCAAAAUUUAACAUUUCACCCAAUCAAAAAUUGCCGUUGCCGAAAACAUUAAAAAGGCUUCUACUUGAGAUGGCAAAAAGGACUCCAAUUGAGAGACCAUCGAUUGCCAAGGCACAAAAGAGUUGCAGUGAUUAUCUCCUUCAGCAUGGAACUAAUGCUGAGAAGGUUUGGGCUGACCUGAUUAACAGUGUUCACCAGUUAUUUAACAGGCAUGAUGUAAUGGAAUCUCAAAAUGUUGUGGAUAAUAAGAUCCUGUCAUAUCAACAAGAUCCUUCAGGUUUCAAGACUGGAUUUGUGCCGAUUGCUGGUGAGAAUAAACUGUCAGCUGUGCAAGGCCCAGUUCCUUGUCAGUACUCUGUGAGCAACUCUCAUCUGCCUGCUGCCUUCACUUCUUUGAAAACACAUUUCAGACCCAUUGUCCUGUCACAGAAUACUGACAUUAAAGGGUUUCAAAAUGAAUGUAAAACCUUCAGUGCAAAACAGCAUGUUAAAGCUAAAAAUCAAGAAAUUCAGCAGGAGAAUGGAGAGGUCCUUUUGAAAGAUAUUGAAAAUGAGGAGGAGGAGGAUGUCAAUGAACCUUUAUGUCAUGAGGGAGUUCAAAAGAGCCCUAUACCAGACAAUGACUUUUCUUCUACACCUUCCAGUGGAAAAACGCUAAUAAAUUCCCCAUCUUCUAUUUCUUCAGACUCCACAAAUCAGGAGAAAAGGAGUAACACAAAUUCCGAAUCAUUUUCAGACUAUGCAGCUGCUUCAGCAUUACCUGAAAAUUCUGUUGGCAAUAAUUUUAAUAAUUUUCUUCUGAGACAGGAUCCGAAAACUGGACUUCUAACUUUAUUACCUGUACAGAUAGCUGUUAAAGAACCGAUUCCAGGACUGGAGUUUAACAUAGCUCCACUAUCUAGUUCAUGCCAAAAACUGCCCUCUGGCUCCAGAGGAAGCAAGCCAGAUGAAAAACUGGAGAUGCCUGUCAGUAAUAAGAGCACUGUUGAUAAUGCAUCUGAUGCUGAAAUGAGCUGCUCUACAUAUGACAUUGAGAAACAAGUAGACAGACAUAAUGUGGUUGAAGUUGUUGAUCGCAUGGCUUUAGCUCCUCUUGUUUCUCCAGCAAAAAGCAGAGGGAAUAUGCAAAUAAAACCUGGUGGUACUGAAGACAUUGAGACAGUAGAAAUGGCUUGUUCCACAGGAUGUUCGUCUAAAGAUCAAGCUACAAAACAACCUCCGCCCUCAUCAUCUUCACACCAAAUUAAUUCAGGUCUACAGAAAGUGGUUCAUCUUAUCAAAGAGGAGUUUGCAUUCGAUGGCUAUCUAGAAAAUGGAGUGGAAGACCUUGCAAUGGGGGAGUAUAUCUUAUCAUUAAAGGACCUCCAGCAUGGGACUUUUUGUAGUGCAAUAUCUGAAAAAUUCUGUGACCUGUACUGGGACAAACAAUUAUUAGACGAACUUUAUAAAGUGGUUAACAGAAAACAUGGUCAAAUCAUUCUGUCCUCUUCAAAGGCAUUGUCAAGCCUAGACAAUACUGCCCAGCUAGCAUCAAAGGUAAAGAAAAGGGCAGUUUCACCUCUGGGCAGAAAGCAAAGAAAGGCUAGAGAUGCUUGUCAGUGCAGUCCUCCUGAUUUGCACGGAAACAGAUGUCAGAAGCUGAAAGUGAUGCCCACAAACUCACAACCUCUACCCGUAACAGGAAAUGCAUGUUUACAUAAAAAGAAUACAGAAGAAGGAAAAGAUUCUGGGGACAAUGUCAGUCCAGUAAGCAAUGAAGAAUGUGCUGCUAUAAAUUCAAAAGCACAAAAACCAUUACGGAAUAACACUGAAGAAUUGAAGAACCUUUUCAUUCCUCUUCCUUCUUUUAUGGGAAAAGAUAAAAUCAUUGCUGAUUUGGAACAAAACUAUUUGAAAAGAACAGCUCAUGAAAUGGACUUGAAUGAUAGUAGUGGUGAAAAUCCCUCUGACCUUGAGUCUUCAUCACUUUCUGAAAGAGAGGGAUAUUUUACCAGCAGUGCCUUUUCUGUAAAGGGAAAUUGUCAACUUAGCUUGGAUUAUUCUGAAGAUAUUGAAGAUACUGAUUCCUUAACCUCAGAAAGAAUGCCUGAAAACACCUGUUCCCCAUCCCCUUGUCCUGGACACAUUCGGCAGUGCAGGCCAGGGUGGUCCGUUGCGUUUUAUGGGGAAGAUUGUUUUCGUGAGGAUGUGCAGAAGUAUGUGAAAAAACUUGGAAGACAAAAUGAGUCCCAGAGCACUGAAACUAAAAUGCUGGAACUCCAGCAACAAUUGAUGAUUGAGACAAGAAACCUCAAAAAGACAAGAGUUUUCUACCAAAAGCUCUUACAACAAGAGAGAAAAAACAAAGGUUCUGAAGCCAAAAUCAUGCUUCCUAAAGUAAAAGCACAGCUGGAAGAAAUGACAUCCAAAGUUGAAUUUCUGCAAUCAGUGAAAAAAUAUCUUGAGGUUUUGUAUAUGGAGCAGUGGGGUCUGGAUCUUUCGUUCCUCCCUUCUCUGGCCACUUCAGGGCCAGAAUUCCUGGAUCUAAAGCCUUCAGAAGACAAUUCAAUGCUAAGUUUUCAGUCAGUAACAAUAAGAGGAAAAAGCAAUCAGGAUAAAAGAAAAACCUUGCAGUCUGGCACCCCUCUUGGACUAAUAUCAUACCUCUUUGCCAGGAAUGCAGCUGUGGAAGGUUACAUUCAACAGUUCCUUUACACCUUUAGAUAUUUCUGCACACCAGAGGAUUUUCUACAGUUUUUGAUUGAUAAAUUGAACAGUGUAGCUGGUGCAAAUCAAAGCACCUCUGCAGAUUGCAGAAAGGUGUACAGCCGAAGUUUAGACGUGCUGCAAGCAUGGGUGGAAGACUGCAAACAAGUGGAUUUUUCACCCAAGUCUAACCUCCUGAAUAUAUUGGAAGAUUUCAUUGUUUCCAAGGUUGUUCCAUUAGAUAGCAGAGGAGAGAGUCUGCUAGUUUUAGCCAAAAGUAACCCUGAGAAGAGGAGGAGUUAUCCGGUUCCAGGCUGCUGUGUGAGCUCAAUGAGCAUGCACGACGAUGAUGAGACAAAGUCAGUUCAUUCACUGUGCAAGAAAAUAUCAACAGAAGAUCCUGCUAGAAAGAGUUUUCAGUGGAGAAUAUCCAAGGGAGCUGAGCCUCAAGUUGCCUUACGUAAAGAAAAGCCCUUUUCAGUGGCAGCUGCCUUACCUAGACCGUGUUACACCUCUUUAAUUGAUGAAAUGUCUAGUUCACACUUGAAAACAGAGGAAAAGUAUCCAUUCUUUCAGAGUGAAUACAGUGUGCAACAAACUGCACAACAGCUUACUUUGUUGCAGCAGGAAAUGUUUCAAGGAUGUCAUCCGGUUCAUUUUCUUAACUCUAGAGCACUAGGAGUCAAAGAUAAAACCUUGAACAUUGCAAAAGCUGUUUCACCUGACAAUGUGUCAGCAGAGGGCAGCAACCUUUUUGCUUCAGAAAUGACACAAGACCCAUACAUUCUUCAGCUGUUAAAAUACGCAGAUCAUGUCAGCAACUGGGUGUCUGCUGAAACUGUCAUCUGUGACACAGUAAAGACACAAACUGGACUUCUUUCCAAAUUUCUUCUCAUUGCCAAGUUAUGCUAUGAAUCAAGAAAUUUUGCCACCGCUAUGCAGAUUCUUGGAGGACUAGAGAAUGUUAUAGUCAGACAGUUACCUGCCUGGAAGAACCUCUCAGCCAAAGUAUGUGAAAUCAUGGAAGAGCUGAAGGCUGUUCAGGUGUUUUUAAAGAGUGACAACCUGUGUUUAAUGGAAGGUGAACAAUUCAAGAAGCUUCCAACAAUCCCUGCAGCUCACAUAUUGACAAUGCAUGUCCAGCAACUAGAAAUUGGAGCUUUAACUAUGGCUAAUGGGGCAUUUAAGUGGUCUAAACUAAGGAAUAUUGCCAAAAUUGUGAGCCAAGUCCAUGCCUUCCAGGAGAAUGCUUACAACUUUAUUCCAGACUUGGAGCUGCAGGCAUACCUGAAACAACGCAUAGCGCAUUUCAGUGGCACUGACAUUCCUCUGCUUGCUGCAGAGAACAAUACAAACUUCCACCAGAUACCAGCUGACAAACACUCUCGAAAGAUUCAAGAUACGUUCCGCAGGAUGAAGGCAACAUUUCAGUGACCUUAUUUUAUAAUGCAUCGCAGAUGUAAAAGCAUUCUUCAUUGGCAUUUAAAGCAUGACUGCAAUAAGAUUCAGACCAAAAACGCUAUUUUCAAAAUUCACUUCUCAUCAUAUCCAAAGAAUCUUUUUUGUAUGUAUAUUGUGGAUUUAAAAUUUAAGUCUACCUGUUUUGCAAGGCAAUAUCCUAGUGGUUGCAUUUAUAAUCCGAACAGCUCCUAUGUACCAAAUAUAUUUACAAAAUUAUGAGUAUUAGGACAAUAAAGAAAAACAAAUUCACACAUAAAAAAUCCAUCAUGAUAGGCACUGUUUGUCUUACUUGCUCAGAUGUGACAUCUAAUCCUUGCUAAUAUAAUUAUGCAUGCAGAAUGUUUUCACUUCAAAGUAGUUGAACUGGCAGCUGUCACUCGAGGUCAAAUUAUAUUUCCAACUAGCUAUAUAUAUAUAUGUGUGUAACUCAAUUGACAGUGGCUACCUACUAAUGCUACAUGUAUCAGCCUGCAUUUUGUAUAGGGAACAAUUUCAGAAAUUCCCACAAUUGCCAUUGUAAUGAAUUAAAGUGAAUUAUAGCAGCACAUAUCAUUGUUUUAUUGCUGAAGGAUACAAGCAUCUAUAGUAUAAUUAUAUAUUUCUAAUUAUUUGGGUUACUGCUUUAUGAAGAACUUUUUUUAUAAUUUUGGAAUUAUAGGAUGACAUGCCCAUAGCUGUAAUUGAGUAUUCUUAGUGAUAAAUUCCUGUUAAUUUUUGGAAGAUAAAAGUUAGCCAAUAAAUCAAUAAAACACAAUGCAAAGAAAUAAUGCCAAGCAUUAAAAAUACUUAACAGAAUAGUCUACAAAUUAGGACAGAAAUAUUGGGAAAAAACACUUUUAUUGAAGGUGAGAUUUUAUAAAUUUUCUCAGUUUCAUUGCAGUUAAUCAGGCUUACAGGUUAGAGUCUAUUAAAGAUCAGUGCAUGACAAGAGAGACUUGUUUCUUCUUAAAGACAGGGCUGAAAUUUUACCUUGAAACAGAAAAGUGAGCACAUCUUGCACUCAUGCCAAAAGCUGUGGAUGCUGUUUUUGUUCUCAGCAGCUUAUUAGUACCUGUCUUGAAUUUUUGGAUACAUGUAAAAAGAUUACUAGAACGUUUAAUAUUGUGUUGUCUUUGAAUGCAACCAAAAGGUAACUUUUAAA